AUGCAGCGCUUCGCAUUCCGAAAAUGUCGUCUAUCAGAUUGCGGUACACAUCCUCAACUCCUGAACGUCUCGAUGCCGACACUAACACAGCGGCAGGACGGGCAAGUCCAAGUGGAGGACCAGGCUCCUUUGACUUCAUCGACAUUUCAUUUGCUGUCAACCUCCAGCUCGACUACCGGAUUAUCAGCACGAGACCUAGUCACCACAACUUCAACAGCCCUUAGCACUGUGUCUUCGAGCACGACAUUGACUCAAGCCGCCUAUCCAAACGCGAAUUAUAUGAACGUGGAUCUAACGACUGCCGAGACUACCAGUGUGCCGGACUCCUCACUGUCUACUCUCUCCACUUCUGCGGUUCAGACUGCUACUGCCUCGGGCACGGGCAGCACUGCGGGCAGCGUGAUCACUACUCUGGAUACUAGUCUCCAGCCCACAUCCCAACCAUUUCCUACCGUGAUCGACAGCUCCACCAGUCUUUCUCUGGUCGAUACUGCUACACUUGGAAGUGUGCAACCUACUGAGACAACGGCGGUACAAACGCUCUCGGUGAGCAGUAUCUUUGUGCCGAUUGCUACCAAAGCGCCGCCUGUCCAGCUUGGCAACAGGACCGACCAUCCAGUCAAUACAAGUGCCAUUCGCAACCAGGCACAUCGCUAUCCGACCAACAACUAUUACACAAACUUUCUCCUGGAUACGAGAGACGAAAGCGUCUUCACGUUUCCAUACUCCGUCUUCUGGUCACGAAACCGGGGAUCACUUGGGAGUUGGGGCCUUGCUAUUUCCCAUACAGAACGGAGCCAAUUCGCAUUUGGAGAUCCCAGACCAGGGAUUGAUGCUGGCAACUCCUCCAACUUCGGGAGUCCAGUGAAUAUCCAAUCCAUUGUCCUCUCGGCGGUCGAAGUCAAUGUCACCACAAUCGAUGGUGCGAUCAUGAGUCCAAAUAUUACCACUGAAUCCCUUGAAUGGGGCUCCAUCCAAGUGAACCUUUGGGCACCUGCCUGGAAGACUCCCACGAUCCAAUUCCCACUUGUGCAAGGCGCCUCUUUCAUCACUGGAAACUACAGCUGGACCACGCCUCUUAUCCAAUCGGGGAUCGGCUUCAAGAGUAUCAAGUACGAUGGUGCUGUGGUGGACAACACAACGUUCAAGUACACAGUGAUGCUUAAGACUAAUGUGACAUGGCUCAUCUACCUGACUCCCGACUUCAAUCUGAGUCCUGGCUACCCGGUCAACGAGUUCACAUUACUUAACAGCACCGCGGACGAGGACGUACAAACGGAUAUUCAGGGUCAUUCCGGCUACAAUGGUCUUAUCCAGGUCGCCAAGUUGCCACGCGGUUCGACGGACCCGACAUACACCGCACCCGACGUGCAAAGCUUGUAUGACGGAGCUGCUGGGGCCUAUGCCGCGAACGUCAGCAUCAAUGGCAGUGUCAACGACAGGGUCGGCACGUACUCCUUCCAUUGGGACAAGAGAGGAAACCAGAACCAAAAGCUGCUCAUGUUCGCUUUGCCUCAUCAUCUCUCCAGCUUCGACCCAGAGACAGAAGCCCGAGCGACUGACUUGAAGCUCAUGACCCCGGUCAAAGGCAACGCCACUGCCGUGCAAGGAGAAUCUUGGACUCUCACGGAAACCGAUAUGCCCAUUGACAUGGACUUUGCACCAUACUCUACCACCAAGGGAAGUAUCAAGACCCUUGACGAAGACGUGAGAUCCACCAUCUUCACGGCAGGCAAAGCCGAACUCAACCAGACCAUCAUGGCUCAGGCAAAUGUUUCAAGCUUCUAUUACGACGGCAAAGCUCUCGCGAAAUUUGCCAAUAUUUGCUAUACUCUCCACCAGCUCGUGGGAGGGAAUACCACUUGGGCACUUUCUGGGCUUGUAGAAUUACAGGAAGCAUUCCAAUACCAUGUCGACGGCCGACAGCCCUUUCCCUUGGUCUACGACGACGUCUGGGGCGGCGCAGUGAGCAAUGCCUCCUACCAAAACCCCUCAGACCCAGCUUCUUCCGGCCUUGAUUUCGGCAACUCAUACUACAACGACCACCAUUUCCACUACGGCUACUUCGUCUACGCCGCAGCGGUCAUCGGCUAUCUUGACCCGACCUGGAUCCAGAACACCUCCAACGUCGACUGGGUCAACACUCUGGUUCGAGACUACGCCAACAGCAUCACCUGGGACCCUUACUACCCCUUCUCGCGCUCCUUCGACUGGUACCACGGCCACUCCUGGGCCGCCGGCCUCUUCUCCUCCGCCGACGGCAAGAACCAAGAAUCCUCCUCCGAAGACACCAUGGCUUCCUACGCCAUCAAAAUGUGGGGCCAAGUCAUCGGCGACCAACCCAUGAUGGCACGCGGCAACCUCAUGCUCGCGAUCCAACGCCGCUCCCUCAACGCCUACUACCUCUACUCUUCCGACAACACCAUCCUGCCCCCAAACUUCAUCGGAAACAAAUGCGCCGGCAUCCUCUUCAUGAACAAAUGCGAUCACACCACGUACUUCGGCGCCGAGCCGCAAUUCAUCCAGGGCAUCCACAUGAUCCCCCUGAUGCCCUUCUCCGCCUACAUUCGCCCCGCAAGUUUCGUGCAGCAGGAAUGGGACGCAUACUUUGUCGACAAUUACACGAAUGUACGCGAUGGAUGGCGCGGGAUUCUGCAGGCGAACAGCGCGCUGAUCGACCGCGGGUAUGCGAAGAAGGCUCUGAGUUUCUUCCAAGGGGCCGAGGGAGAGGAUUCGAGGGGCAGUGAUGGCAAGUUCAAUGUUAGUCUGCUUGAUGGUGGGGCGAGUCAGACUUGGUACUUGGCGUUGGCUGGGGCGCUUUCGAUGUGA